AUGGUUCUCGGUGCGUUUCUGACAGAGAUCAUAGUGGCAUUUUUGCUGGCCGCAACUUUGCUUUUCAAAUACGGAAACGUGUUUCGGCAUCACAUUAUAGUCACUAUCUCUGUACUGAUAGCUUGGUACUUUUCUCUAUUAAUAAUCUUCAUACUACCUUUGGAUGUCUCUUCGACUGUAUUCAGACAGUGUGUAGAGCAGAAUAUACAUAACAACACUAAAAAUGCUGAUAAUACUACCUCUGUACCAUUUGUCACAUGUAAAGAACCUUGGCCGAAUGUGCCGGAUAAUGUAUUUCCGAAUCUGUGGAGGAUAGUCUAUUGGACAUCACAAUGCCUGACAUGGUUGAUACUCCCAUUGAUGCAGUCUUAUAUAAAAGCAGGAGAUUUCACCGUACGCGGAAAAUUAAAAUCUGCUUUAAUAGAUAAUGCUAUAUAUUAUGGCAGUUAUUUGUUUAUAUGUGGCAUACUUUUAAUAUACAUUGCAUUGAAGCCUGGCUUAGAUCUUGAUGGGCAAAAAUUAAAAGCUAUAGCAUCAUCUGCGUCCAAUACAUGGGGCUUAUUUUUAUUGGUUUUAUUACUUGGAUACGCCCUCGUAGAGGUACCUCGUGGAUUAUGGAAUAGCAGCAAACCUGGAUAUACUUUAAAUUAUAGCUAUUUCAAGAUAGCGAAAUUAAGCUUAGACAAAUGCGAAGCGGAAGAAACAGUAGAUGAUAUACUUGAGUCAUUACAAAUUGCAACAAUAUCUAUUGGACCUGGUCAUCCGUUCCAUUGUAACUUGGAAACAAUUUUUCAAAAGAUACCCGCAGAAUUGAAGGAUAGAAUGAAUAGAAGACAAUUGCCAGAUGAUACUCCAACAGAUACACCCACUGAAAAAUCUUUAAUUCGGCUACAUAGACAAACUAUAAAAGCGUUGCAGACUUUACAACGUAUAGAGACUCAAUGGGGUAUCUUAGUGGACAAGAUCUUUGAUUUGGAAGAUGUUGCGAAAAAUCAAGUGAGUCAUGAUAGAAGAUUUAAGCAGUCUUUUCCUACACAUCGCUCGCUUCCAUUUCGUAUUAUUUACAAUCCUAUUGUUGAAUGGUACUGGAAAUGUAUCGUGAAAGAUUAUGUCUUGAAGAUAGCUGCUAUUUGCGCUGGUUGCUUGUCAGUAGCUGUCGUAUGGUCAGAAGUAACAUUCUUCAACAAGUCUCCUGUGUUGUCGUUAUUUGCUCAGUUUCUGAAUUUAGCAAAAAGAAACUACGAUUAUUUUACUAUUGAGGUACUAUCCACAUUGAUUAUCGCAUAUCUUUGCUACUGCGCUUAUUCUACCGUCUUAAAGAUCCGAGUGUUGAAUCUCUAUUACUUGGCACCUCAUCAUCAAACGAACGAGUAUAGUCUGAUAUUCAGCGGUAUGAUGCUGUGUCGCUUAACCCCGCCCAUGUGUCUUAAUUUCUUGGGACUUAUUCAUAUGGAUUCUCAUAUAAUCAAGACUCAUAUUCUGGAAACACACUAUACACAGGUGAUGGGUCAUAUGGAUGUCAUCUCUAUAAUAUCCGAUGGAUUUAACGUGUAUUUUCCUAUGGCGAUUCUGGCAUUCUGCUUAGCGACAUACUUUAGCAUAGGUAGUAGACUGCUUUCUAUGCUAGGUUUUCAACAAUUCCUCGACGAUGAUGAAUUCACGACGGAUCUCGUAGAUGAAGGAAGAGAACUUAUAAAAAGAGAGAGACGCAAACGACAAAGAGCGGAAGAUUCUAUAUACAGACGACGCGAAUUGCAAGAAAGAUUCAAUAUUUCAGUGGGUUCAGGGUCGCGUUACAGGACAUCCCGACAGAGCACAGAUACUGGUAUGUUACGGCCGUUAAAAAGAGAUGAAUCAAUUGAAUCGGCAAGAGCGGGUCUGUUGCACGAUUUCGAUCCUGCGGAUUAUUACAUCGGUAUGACAUUUGGCGGGGAGAGUUACGGUGCGAAUAAUCGUUACGAUGGGGAAAAUCAAGGUGAUAAUGAUUCAUACGAUCCGAGUAACAUGACGGCAUUCCCCACGAGUACAAGUCGCGUGGGUCCUCCACCCAGAGGAUUGUUCGAUGAUAUUUAAAAGCUAACGGUUUCGUAGAUGCAGCUCAGGUGCAAAAAUCAUAUGUAAAUUGGCUUUUAGAGAUUUACACGACAUUUAUACCGAGCGACGCGACGAUUUGUUGAUAAAUCAUAAAAAUAUUGAAUCACAUAAUAGCACAAGAAUGAAUCUUAUUAAACGGGACGUAAAAAUAUUUAGAAAUUUUACGUGCCUGUAACAUUUUGAAUCUUAAAUAGCAGCACAAAUUAAAAAAUUAAAAUUAUAUCAUUAUAAAAUAAUUAAUAUAACUUAUUAUACACGCAUGAACAAGGAAAUUAAGAAAAACCGCGCGUGCGCAGAUGCUGAAACAGAAAGGGUUUUUUUUUUACAACAAACUAACACGAUUACGACGAAUAGAAUUUGCAAAUGCGAUAAACAUUCCGAUUUAGUACUAAUAUGUAUAUUUAUUACGUUUAUUAGAGAAUAAAUAUUUUUGUCUCUUAAUUAUCUCUUUAAGUUUUGUAUAGUUUGUUUUAUGUCGAAGCUAAUAAAUAAUUUAUAUACAUUUUUUUAAUCGUC